AUGGCAACAACAGCAACCGUUGCCAGAAAUCUGCUGAAAAACAGCAAAUCGUUACCCCAGAUUCUACGCAGCCAAAUUCUCGGUCGGUCCAAUGCUACCGCAAACCUCAAAAACAUAGCCAAAGAUCACCACCAGAUUGUUCAAUCUUUAUUCGUUUCGAGCCAAAAGAUCCACGCCCAAAUACCCAUCUUUGGUUUCACUGAAGUAGGUUCUCUCGUCGGGUCUCAUGGAGGGCUGAGCCUGGAGGAGAAAACUGGCGGCGACCAUGGGAUGGGUGGUCUCGUUGUCGAGGCUCGUGGGAAUGACGUGGUGGAUGAUGAGGACGGAUUUGAUGAUGAUGAAGAUGACGAGGAAGAUGUCGAUGAGGAGUUCGAUGAUGAAGAUGAUAGUGAUGAUGAUGAUGAUGGUGAUGAUGGCGGCCAGUACAAGAAUAAGUUUUAA